UUUUCAUAACCUAAAAUGUCGGAAACCUCACAUCCAUCUCGCGAUCCAAAAAAUCUCAGCGAACCAUUCGCAGUCAUCGAAUUUCUCGAGAAAAACGAAAAAGGGCUACCAUGCAUUGAUUUGGUGCCGAAAAAAUGGUUUAAUAGUGCAGAAGAAGACACCUGUAAAUUCCCACCGACAACUGAAUAUCAUCUACUUGACGACUACUUGGAAAAAUUGCACUCGCCCAAGGACUCUUGGCAAAGUUAUCCAUUUUGCUUCAUCACCGGAGCAGCUGAUUUGGAUCAGGGUCGCAGAAGAUUAAAAAAGGCCCAAGUAACUCUCAACUGUGAGACAACCGAUGGUGAAAAUGAUCGAAAGGGGGGGAGGUCCGAAACUUCCUCGAAAGCAAAAAUUUCAGCAAAACCCUUAACUGCAUCAAAGUCUCAACUAAACAACAUCUUUAGUACUAAAAUCCCGAUUCCACCUAGAAAUCAAACUCCAAAGUCUGGUAUACAAGCAAAACCAAAGACAAGAUUUCAAAGCAUUUACCAGAGUGGAUCUGACUCUGAAGACGAAAAUCAUGAUUGUCUUAUAGCUAAUCCUGAGGAGAUUCGAGCCUCAAAGGCUCAAAAUAAUUCUGGCUUUUUGCAAAUGUCGAGUAAAUCGCGAUCUGUACCAACAGGUGCAUGUUUAUCAUUUAAACAGCGGUCAAGGAAGAAUAUUACUUUGCUUAAAGACGUCGAAACUGAUGAAUCUGAGAGCAAUGAUUCCUCCGAUGGAAUUCUGCAGUCACCUACAAAAUCGAUGGACUCAGCGAGAAAUACAAGAAAAGAACUUCAUUUGACACCUCCUUCACCACUAGUCCAUAACGCUUCAGGUAACCGAAAAAGGCGUGCAUCGUCUACUACACGCGCUGAAGACGGAUUGAAUUCGAUUGUGAGCCCAGGAACUCCAAAAACUUCACGAUCAAUGAUGGUACCCCCUGCUAAGAUGCCAAAAAUGCUGGGACCACAAAACCAGUUGUCAUCUAGUCAUUAUGCUGAUAAUGAACGUCGAAUCCUGAACUCCCUUCGAGAUUACUUUGAUCAGCAAUUAGAUGAAAAGCUCGAAAAUUUAAGACGCAGGAUGGCUUACGAUUUAAAGCAGUCUAUGAAUGAGCUCAAGACCACAAUCAUUGGCACUAAUCUAGCCCCAGCUUCUGGUCCUAGCUUGCUUGAAAUACAGAAGCAGAUGUCUACGCCACUACCAUUUGAAAUGGAUGAUAAGUUCCAGGAAUACGAAGCGAUAUUGACAACGGACCCAAAUCUCGUAGAAACACUGCGAUUAUUCAUGAGAGUUUUGAUAAGCAAUAAAAAAGAGAUGAAAAUAUGUGUUUCCACUAUCCUAUCUGCGGUUCUGAGGAAGACAGUGUCACUGCACUAUUCUGGUUACGGAAAUAAGGAAGCUGGCGGAAAGAAAAAGAAAAAUUUUUAUAACACUACAGUAUGCAAAGUACUGAUUGAUGUGAUAAUUGAGGUAAUAGGAUCCAGCACUGAUGAGAAGAAGAUAAUGUCAGAAGUAAGUACUUGGUUGUCACGUUCUGGCGAUCGAGAGGGUGGGCGUAAGGAACGACAACGCGGGUCAAGUCAUCAUAACGAGAAUAAUUCAGUUUGUUCCUUUGAUACCAAUCGAUAAUACUUCAUUUUUCCGGGAUAAAUGGAAUUGUAAAAUCACUGUGUUAAUAUGACUCCAUUAGUUCAUUUUCGUAAUUGUAUUAGUUGUGAUAUUCUUGAUAAAAGGUACGAUUAAUAGGAAAAGUUUAUAUUAUCAAUAUAUUUUUAUCGCGAGGCGUUUCAUUGGGCAGAAUAUAUAUUAAUAUAUGAAUAUUGUUUAGUAUUCGGCUGUCAUUGAAGUAUUAAUUAUAUUUAUUAUAUUUCUCCUGGCGAGGUCGGAAAUCCAGAAGAUGGAAAUAACAAUUGGAAAAUGUGAUGUAUCUUAGCAUAAUAAAGUAUUUUCUAUGUCAUUUCCUCAUAAGUUAGAUCACGGGAAUAAAUAUCCGUUGUUGGUUCAGGGAUUAAAUAUUAUGUCCAAAAGUUUAAAGGGAAAAAUAAUAAGUGGAUUUUUAAUUUUUAAGAAAAAUUCUAAUGAAAGUAAUUUCAGCCAUUGAGAGCUGU